AUGGCCCCCAAUACGACAGGGAACGUAACGCCGGAUUCUAAAAAGUCAAAGAGUUUGAACAGGAUACGGUCUGUUGGUAAAGCUCUGACAGUUAAAAAAAUAUUGAAACAACCGAUAAAAACUGAGACGCCAGAAGAUGAUUAUGAUACUGAUCUCGAGAUAGACACUUCUGAAGACUACAACUCCCGCCAGAAAGAACACCGCAUGGCCAUUUCCCGCCAAGACACGGACAUAGGUCAUCACUCGUAUGAAGAGGCGUGUGCCAAAUUCGGUUCCAUUCCCUUAAGGCGUGUCCUCAGCCAACUAUGGUCCACUCACAUGAAUCUGCAACAUUUGGGUCUGAAUAUUAAUGAAAUGAAAGCGCUGUCAGUUGCCCUUAUGCACAACACUCGGAUUGAAGAACUUGAUCUUGAUGAUAAUGGUCUGAAUGGGAAAUGCGUUAACUAUGUUGCUGAUCUGCUGAAGACCAACUAUUUCAUCACCAAACUCAAUCUAAACAAUAACGACAUAGGAGAGAAAGGUGCUGUGGUAAUAUCGGAAACGCUACAGACCACGAACUGGUUGACCCACGUCAGUUUGUCAGGAACUCACUUGGGCGACGACGGUAUGGCGUACAUAGCAAAUGGACUGGAGGAGAACAUGACUGUACAGUGGCUGGAUUUAAGUCACAAUACAAUUGGUGUAAACGGCGGUCUACAUAUUGGUCGACUGUUAGGUAAAAAUAACACCAUUGAGUAUAUUGAUUUAAGUUGGAACCAGAUUCGACUUGCAGGCGCUGUUGCAGUGUGUAAGAGUUUGCAGAAAAACAAAGGCUUGUCGAUGAUGAAUGUUUCUUGGAAUGGCUUGAGCUUUGAAGGAAGUCUGGCUGUGGGAGAAGCGCUCAAGUCGAACAAGAUGUUGGCGACGUUGGACCUGACUAACAACCGCAUUAACUGGGAAUGCAUUCCCUACAUCGGCCGUGGUCUUAGAGUGAACAAGAGUCUACAGGUCCUGGAGGUAAUCACCGACACUAACCUGCAGCAUGUGCACUUUAUUAAUUGUUCUAUAUUACUCAUUCGUAUUCCAAAUGGCGCCUGA